AUGGGAACACACACAGACGUCGUAACGGAUGUCUCUUGGCACGGCUCUCAGGGUUAUCUCCUGCUCUCGGCGGGUAUGGAUGGGGCAAUACAACUGUGGGGCACAAGAGAUAAAAAAUCUGGUUGCUCAUGGCCCCGUGUACAUGAGGGUGGUAUUACCGCUGCCCAACUACAUCUCACUACCGCUUUUCAGGUUGUCAGUGCCAGUUUAGACAGUGUGCUGCACUUGUGGGACAUUCGACAACACAAAAAGACGGAGCUUCCCUUGCUGUGGUAUUAUGGUAAGAGUAUCACGGGACUUCUGUGGGCCCCCUUUAGUGAGACAGUACUGAGUACCUUCAGCGAGGAUGGACUAGUUGCCAUCUGGGAUAUGAUCAAACAAUUUUUAUGCCUUUUACAGAUACUGAGGAUGAACCUGCUAUGCUUGUCUUGA